AUGGUCACCAGUGACUUCUAUGGCGCCACUACCGCGACAAAUGUCAGUUAUUGGUAACCUCCAAGAUAGCCAACAUGUUAAAAUUAUCUAUCGAUUUUAUGUAGUAAUAAUGUAGAGAAAUACAUAUCAUAGAUUCCACUUGUUUUGACAUGGUAGAUAUUCUGGCAAUAUACAUGCAUCCCGCGUGAAUAUGAAAUUAAAUAAGUUCGAAGAGACUUAGUUCGAAGUGAUUUCAAUCCAAUUUUUAUGCAUUAAUAUGUGAACCAAACAUAGAAUACGAGUAAUGGUAAAUAUAUGAGUUAAUAAUAAUCUUUGAUCGUACCACUUUGUGCAGUUACAAAAUGGGUCAGUGAAUCUGUAACAGAUGUGCCAUUUAAUUAUCUACGGCAAUUAGUCUUGACACGUGUCUGAUAAAGCUUCUUCUAAAAUACAUUCGUCAAUUAGGCAUCGUUUUAUUUCUGUAGAUCGUUACUUUACUGUAGAAAUUACUUUUGUAAAAUGUUCAAGUAAAAAUAGACAAAAGAACUAUAAAUUUCUAUUGUUAAAA